UUCAUUCUCAUUGUUAACACAUUCAUCUCUCACCGACUUUCUCUGCAAUUUCUUUCUUUCUUGUCUUUUUGAUUUCUCUGACGAAGAUGAAGGAGAGGCUUUGUGAGCUCUGUAAGGAAAAAGCUUCUCUCUACUGCGCCUCUGACUCCGCCUUCCUCUGCUGGAAAUGCGACGCCACCGUUCAUAAUGCCAACUUCCUCGUCGCUCGCCACCGCCGCCGCCUCCUCUGUUUCAACUGCAAUUCCUUCGCCGGAGUCCACAUCUCCGGCGCCUCAUCUCGCCGCACCGACGCCACCUGCCGAUCCUGCUCCCCGACGGAGAUUCAUUCCUCCGACGAGGAGGAGGAGGAGGAAGAUGACAAUUCCCUCUCUUCUUCACCUCCUUCUUCCUCAUCCUCCUCCUCUGCAUGCGUUUCCAGCUCGGAGCCACGCGCCGGGAACAAGAUCAGAACAAAACACUUGCCGGAAAAGAGAAUCAGAACGGUAACCUCUUCCGGUUCGGCGGUUACGACGGACGACGAUGAUUUUUCAACGGCGAAGCAAAAGCGGCAGAGGAAUAACAAGAAGAAGAAUAGUAAUGGCGGUGGAUCUGGUUCAGAUGAGGUGAGAACGGCGUCGGCGAAAGAGUAUUCAGUGUUCGCGAAAUGGAGCGAGGAAUUAGGGUUGGGAAUAAACGAGGGGAAACGCGUGUCGUGCGUGGCGUGCAGAGCGUUGAGAGUAUGGGUGAAAAAAUGGAAGGGAGUUGGUAUUCCGUAUAAGGUGGGUGCUGCGACGUCGUUUUGGUUGGGUUUGAGAUUUUGUGGGAUGACGUUUGAGAAUCUGCGGAGAUUGGAAGAGAUCUCAGGUGUGCCAGCUAAGCUCAUUCUCCAAGCAUAUGCCAUGCUCUCACGUGUCUUCUUCUUCUCCCAACAACAACAAACCACUUCUACUCCCUUCUUCCAUUUGCAAGAAGGCUCUGAUGAGUCUUAGAAUUAUGGAAUAUAUUCUAUUCUAUAUUCUUCAAGCUCAAUUGUUGGAGAAGAAGGAGAACAACAUUUUAGUCUUAGCAAGGAAAUAGAUUUGAUUUCAGCACCUUAGUUUAGUUUAUUGGUGAUGGUGAUGUAAAACAAUGCACAAAAGAGAAAAAAAAUCAUCCUCUUGAUGUAGUUUGUUUAGUCUAGAGAAAACAGAAAAUGUAUACGGAAGAAUUUCAAAUAUUUCUAUUUUCUAA